CUCCUGAGAUGCCACCUCCAGCCGUGAUGCCACCGGUGCAGGGGGUGCCACGAGCUCCAGAGGUGCCACCUCUAUCUGUGAUGCCACCGGCCCCACAGAUGCCACCACCAGCCGUGGGGGUGUCACCGGCCCCAGAGAUGCCACCACCGUCUGUGGUGCCACCAACUGUGGGGACGUCCCCAGCCCUGGGGGUGCCCCCCGUGCCAGCAGGUGUCCCCCCCGAGGCUCCCCCGCUGCUCCGUGUCCCCGAUGUCCCCAACGUCCUGGAUGUCCCCGACGUCCCCGAUGUUCCCAGAGCGGAGCGGCCCCGGCAGCGCCGCCCGUCCUGCGCCCGCAGCCCCCGGUUCCAGCUCACGGUGCUGCAGGUGUCCUCGCGCGGUGACAACACGGUGGAGUGUCAGCUGGAGACCCACGACAGCAAGAUGGUGACGUUCCGCUUCGACGCCGACGGGGACGCGCCCGAGGACAUCGCCUGCUACAUGGUGACCCCAACCUGGCACCCCCAGCUGGGACCCCCCACCU